AUGCGGAGUGGCACUACAUUUGUCGUCAAACCACUACAUGAUCCGAGCGGAGAUUUUGCGAUUGUCCUUUAUGACCCCACGAUUGAUGAUAAGCCAGUAAAUCCUAAUGAUGCCAAUGAUGGGAAUGGGAAAGGAGAGGAAAAGGAGAAAAAUGACCCCCCUAAGUUGGAUGCACCGCUUGUGCAUAAGAGUUUGGCAGAUAUUCUUGGAAUUAAGAAAAAGGUUGACGGUCGUCCGAAAGUUCCGGUGGUUAUAGAUCCGAAACUCGCCAAGGUGUUGCGUCCCCAUCAAGUGGAAGGAGUGAAGUUUCUAUAUCGUUGCACGACCGGUAUGAUCGAUCCCAAGGCCAAUGGUUGCAUUAUGGCAGAUGAGAUGGGUUUGGGCAAAACGGUAGGGUCAAAUGAAUUUAGCCGCUGGUCGCAUGGUGCUAAAUACCUUUACUUUCAGCUCCAAUGUAUUACUCUGCUCUGGACGCUGCUUAAACAGUCUCCAGAGGCGGGCAAAACAACUAUCCAGAAGUGCAUAAUUGCUUGUCCGUCGACUCUGGUAAAGAACUGGGCAAACGAAUUUGUCAAAUGGUUGGGUGAGGGCGCAGUAACGCCCUUUGUUGUUGACGGCAAAGCUUCCAAAGUGGAGCUCACAUCUCAACUCCGGCAAUGGGCAGUAUCUUCAGGGCGGUCCAUUGUCAGGCCGGUUCUGAUCGUGUCAUAUGAAACGUUGAGGCUUUAUGUCGAUGAACUUAAGGACACGCCGAUCGGUUUACUUCUAUGCGAUGAAGGCCACCGACUUAAAAACGGAGACAGUCAAACCUUUACCGCAUUGAAUAGUUUAAACGUCGACCGUCGAGUCAUCCUUUCUGGAACUCCAAUCCAGAAUGACUUAUCCGAAUAUUUCUCGCUAUUGAAUUUCGCCAAUCCGAACAUUCUAGGGACUCGGAACGAAUUUCAUAAAAAAUACGAGAUGCCAAUCCUCCGUGGUCGAGACGCUGAUGGCUCGGAUGAGGACAGGAAGAGGGGUGACGAGUGUGUAACCGAACUUUUGAACGUUGUCAACAAGUUCAUUAUUCGCCGAACCAACGAUAUCCUUUCUAAGUACCUUCCUGUGAAAUACGAGCAUGUGGUGUUUUGUCGGUUGGCUCCGUUUCAAACUGAUUUGUAUAAUCAUUUCAUUCAAAGCCCUGAUAUCAAAAGUUUGCUCCGGGGUAAGGGAAGCCAGCCCUUGAAAGCGAUUGGAAUUUUGAAAAAGCUUUGCAACCAUCCAGACCUGCUCAAUCUGGGUGCAGAUCUUCCUGGGAGCGAGCAGAUUCUCCCGGAUGAUUAUGUUUCCCUGGAGUCUCGGGGGCGGGAUCGCGAUGACACCAAUGACAAGAUUGUUUUGAUUAGCAAUUACACCCAAACUCUUGAUCUUUUUGAACGGCUUUGCCGAACUCGUCGAUACGGUUGUUUACGAUUGGAUGGUACGAUGAAUGUCACCAAACGACAGAAAUUGGUGGACAAAUUCAAUGAUCCUAACGGGGAAGAGUUUGUCUUUUUGCUUAGCAGUAAAGCAGGCGGCUGUGGUAUCAACUUAAUCGGUGCCAAUCGCCUAGUUUUAUUUGAUCCGGACUGGAACCCAGCAGCAGACCAGCAAGCCCUCGCUCGAGUGUGGCGUGAUGGUCAAAAGAAAGACUGCUUCGUCUACCGCUUCAUUGCAACGGGUACCAUAGAGGAGAAGAUAUUCCAGAGGCAGUCACAUAAGCAAUCGCUGUCUUCAUGUGUCGUCGACUCUGCCGAGGAUGUCGAACGUCAUUUCAGUCUGGAUUCACUGCGAGAACUAUUUCAGUUCAAGCCGGAGACCCGCAGCGACACUCAUGACACCUUCAAGUGCAAAAGGUGCCGGCCUGACGGCACGCAGCACAUCAAUGCGCCGGCUAUGCUGUACGGAGACACAAGCUCAUGGAAUCAUUUUGUCAAUGACGGGGAGAAUGGCCUUUUGGGUAAAAUCCAGGACCUGCUCUUGAGACAAGAAGCAUUGGAGCCGGAUGUGACAGCAGUAUUCCAGUAUAUAAGUCAUUGA